UACGUACACAACUACAUGCGUAAACAAAUUCAUUCGUAUAUGCAUAUAAGCAAUUGCAGAGAUAAAUGAGGGAAGUACUUUUCAUUUUCCAACUCCUCCACGAUCGCGCCUGCAGAGUUAGGCUGCUUAGCCGCCAGUCUGUAGUAGAUCAUCGCCCAUUCGUGGUGUACUAAUUUUCCUGCGCCUCUCAACAGAAUUUAUAAUUUUUCUUAACGUGCAAGCGUCGCACUUACGUUUCGUAUGCUCAACGUGGCGCAACGCGUCGGUAUUUUCGGAUUUUAGUCGUUCCGUUUUUUUUUUUUUUUGACGAAUGAUCGUUAAGGCACUCGUUAUUACUUGUCAAGUGUAACAGUUUUUAGAAAAGUUACUAAGUGAAAGUGCUUAUACACACAUACUUAUAUAUAUAUUGUUCGUUUAUACACCUUUAUGAUGCUACCUUCACCGUAUUACCCGGCCUCCAGCGCACUGAAUGAGCUGCAAUUGGCGCGCGGCGAGUUUGUUUGUGCGAAUAAUCCGUCGGUUGCCGCAUUGUUGUCGGAGAAUAAUGUUGCUGCCGCCGCUUACUAUUAUCAGCAAUUGAAUCCUUUUCUGCGCAUUAAUCCGAAUUUCUGGUCAAUGCCGUUAUCUUUCCUGCAGAGCUCACAUCGGCCGGAAAAGCCACCGUUCUCCUAUAUUGCCUUGAUCGCGAUGGCCAUCAGCAGCGCUCCGAAUCAACGACUUACACUGAGUGGCAUCUACAAAUUCAUCAUGGAAAAAUUCCCAUAUUAUCGGGAAAACAAACAAGGAUGGCAAAACUCCAUACGACACAACCUCUCUCUGAACGAUUGUUUCGUGAAGGUGCCACGUGAUAAAAACACAAUUGACGAUAAUGACAACUCCGGCAAAGGAAGUUAUUGGAUGCUGGACGCAUCGGCCAAUGAUAUGUUCGAGCAAGGCAACUAUCGGCGUCGACGCACGCGACGGCAAAGGCAUUGCAUUAGAAAUUCCAGCGGUUCAGAGGAUAAUUACCAACUGGAAAAGCAUCAAGUUUUCGAAAGCACUGUGGACGAUCCUUCCGCUGCAACACAAAGUGACCUUAACACAUUCUGCAACAAACACCCGCCACCAAUGGGCUUAAAUUACUCCGAUCGCAUUACCGAGUUGCACCGACAAUAUUUGGCUUCGAUUGCGCCAUUCAACAUACUCUUUCGAAAUGAACCGCCAGCACAGCCAAAGAUCGCCACCAGCACCGCCGGCACAACAACGCAUCUCACCACAAAUCGCGAACUGGCCUUACCACAUGUGGGCACAAUAGUGCCGCUAUUGAGCACAAAUCCAGACGGUAGCCAGAAUUCAUUUCGUGACAUGGACAGCUUCGAUCUCUCCGGUGGUGCCUACUCCAACAGCAACAGUUCGGUGGAUAGCACACGACAAGCAAACACCUUUUCACCCAGCGCCUUCACACCCAUUACACCAGCUCGUAGUACGCAGCCUCUACCACCGCUGACACAGCCUCAGCUGCAGUCGCAACCAAAGGCACUCACAUCCGCUUUUACCAUCGAGAAUAUUAUUAAGAAAGACUGAAGGGAGGACAAGUGGACGGCACCAAAUACGCGGUAUACUCACAAAUUUACUUAAAUAUGUAUUUAGUAUAUAUGUACCUAGGAUAGUCAAGAUCAUAACUACCACGAGAUUAUGUGAUAUCAUAUCAAUAAAAUAGAAUCAAUAAAGUUAAAUAAA